AUGCCAAAAUCUUCUCCAACCCGCAAUCGGCGCUCGAACGACCAAGCAAACGAUCAACACCACCAAGUGCCCAAACCAUGUCACACUUGCGCUAGAGUCAUUACACCGCGGGCCAAAUGGGAGCGUAAUUGGGAUGAGAUUCGCUUCUGUUCAUCGAGCUGCAAAUCCCAAAGACCAGGAAAGCUGGUCAGAUGGCAGGCAUCAGACUCAAGUGAGGCUAAUUUCCUCGCUACGCCCUCUGCACUGUCCAUCAGCACCACACACGAAGCGGAUCUCUUUGUCACUGAUCUGGAGGCCUGGGUGGAAGCGGCGCUGUUUGAAACGGCAAAGAAGAGCGCAGAAGGCAGACUCGCUACUUGCGAGGACGUGGAGGCUCGCUUGACAGGUGAACUCGAUGCUCUUGCGCAUAAUGUGGCCAUUUCUACAGGGCAACAGGAAGGACCCACAAUUGGAGCGGAUCCCGACAACUGCCGCCAGACUAGAGACCACCCCUUGUCCUCUGCCCUGCGUGCGCCUCCAGGGCAAAGGGAGCGCGUUCGCCGAGCAGCUCGCAGACUUGCCAUUCUUGAAUCGAGUCUUUGGGCACUUGCGCGCCUUCAACACAUCACGUUCAAAGGCCACGUCCAGCUGUUCCAAAGAAAUAAACAGCUCACAAGUUUAGAAGACGUCAGCUUUGCCAAAGGCCCAAUUGGACUGCAUUGGAACGAGAAUGACGCGGUGGCGCCUCCAUGA